AGCUCACUGCAACAUAUUUCUUCUUUCCGAAAAAGCACAUGCCAAUAUUAUUCCACAAUGGCGGACUUUCUGGAGUCUCUACAGCAGCAAUCCUGUAUUUUGUGAGUGCCACGUCAAAGUCUCCGUGAGAUUGCAUCAUGCUACCAGCAGCCAGAAUAGCCUUGACAUGGGUUGGGUCAUACGUCAUGGCAUUGCCAAGAUGCUCAAAGGCCUUCUGGUAGAAUCCACCCUAGUACAAAAGACAGAAACAAAGAAUGAUUCAUUUACUUAUCCAAGGUACAACAGCAGUCAUGAAAUACUUGAUGUCUUAAUUAAAAUGGGCAUUUCCACUUUAAGUGGUGCCGGCCUUAAGCUACCCGACCAGAAGAAUGAAUGCACACACACCCAUCAGUAUUAGAGUAUGACAACAUUUUCCCCACUUUUUGAUCUAUUAGACAUUGAUAUGAUCUAUAUAUGAUAAGGGAUAAGGAAUUCAAAACCCUCCAAUAAAAAGACCCGCAUUGUAUAGUAAGAACCCGAGUGUGUUACCUGCAUAUAAAGUAAACCUAGUGUUGUUAAAAGUUCAGGAUUCUCCGGUGAAAAUUCCACCGCACGUUUGAAUACAUCUACUGCCAUAUUGAUGUCAUCCUGCAUCAGAUAGAUCUUUCCAAGUGUUGUAAAUGAUAGAUCAUUACGGUUGAAUUGGAUGGCUUGUUUUAGGUACUCUUUUGCCUU